AUGUCCUCUCUCACAGUCAAACGGCCUCGUUUGGCCUUGAGUUGUGUAGUAUGCCGUCGCCGCAAGGUGAAAUGUGGAAAAGAGAAACCCCAAUGUCACAAUUGUGAACGACUUGGAGAGAUCUGUGCGUACGACACUGGCAUUCGUGAUACAGAAACAGGUCGCGUCCUGCGAACUGCAGAGACCGAGGAGACCGGUCUGCCUUCACGGGCAGUUCCAGGUGAACCAGCUUUCCAUGGCCAGGAGAAGGCCUCGAGUGAGCCGGUUUCUUCCAGUGGUCAAAAUCCGAUCCCUCUAGCCCCUAAUUAUUGGAGUAUUCAACGAGGCUCCCGAGUUCGCCACAUUGGGAGGACUUUCUGGGGUUAUGUGAAUGGCCGGGAAGUAUUGAGUGAUUCAUUGAUCUAUAACGAGAAACCCACUCCAGCGGAUCUACCUCCAUCCCAUAUCUCAGUCGUCUCACUAGCAAAGGUUCUAUUCGCUCUGCCCACGAGACCAGCAGCUGAUGCACUCGUUCAAUCUUUCUUCGUAUCUGUUUAUCCCAUCCACUCCGUGGUUGAUACUUUGACCUUUCAAUCUGAUUACGAGGUCUUCUGGGAAUGGGCUCGUUCGGGGAAACUAUACACCCCUCCGAGAUUGGUUGAAGAUCCCACAUUCACUUGCCUACUUUUUGCAGUAUUAUAUGCUGGGGCUUCAGGGAUAUCAUCAUUGAGAUGGACGGAUGGCCCACCCAAUUUGAGAUACCUGGAUCGCGAGACAACCGUUUCAAAGCUCAAAUCUGCUUGUGCUGAUAGUCUGGCUGCGUGCAGACAUUCCGAGCACCCGACUCUCAAUACUCUGGUUGGAUCGAUUCUGCUCCAUACGUUUACCAAAAUUCAAACAUCAACCGAAGAUGCGCUAUUUGUGGCAACGGCUAUCCGCCUGGCUCAGAGUAUAGGGCUUCAUCAAGAAAAUAACAUGCCAAAUCUUGAUUCCACGAGAGAGCAACGACGUCAGAUAUGGUGGCACCUCGUCUGGCUAGAUGUACAAUCCAGCCUUGCUAGCGGCUUACCAACCUGUCUUGGAUAUAGUGCUCUAGGUGGAGUGCAAAUGAUUCCAGCGCCAGAGCGCUCUGUUGUCAAGCUCCUUGCGAUCGGUCGGUAUGAAGCAGCACGGCUACAGAACCAGCUGAUGCACCGAUUCCAGAAUACUGCUACAAGAAGUGGAGGCCAAAUAUCCCAGGAGAUGGUAAAAGAUCUCUUGGAAGCAGCAAGAUCCUUUGGCCAUCUAAUUGAUAAUCUCAUUGUCAAGAUACCGCAUUUUGAAGAUCCCCAGUACCUGCUCCCUGACAGUUUGACGCGGGCCUCCCCGGAGACCCAUCUUGCUCUCUAUCAAGACCAAGACGACGGGCCUACUUUGAUUGGGACAUGGUCACGAACAAGCUUGUUUCUGCUCAAGUUAGAGGUGGCUAUUAUGCUGAGGAAGUUGCUACUUGGUCCUUCGACUUUGACAUCUUCCCAUGGGCCUUGGCAUCGUAUCUUUCAAUUUUCACUAGUCUACCUCCAGAAAUCCAUGUCUCUGUGCGAUUCUACAGCGUUUGAGCCGUAUGCUUGGUUUGUCGCCGAGUACUAUGGGGCCCAGCAGAGUGCGCUAUUAAUCUCGGUCUACCUGAUUCACAAUCGAGGAGUCAAGGACAGGAACCUUGCUCGCUACAUCGUGGAUUGUUACCUGGAAUUCAUGAAUGAAACUCCCGACAAGAAACCGCUAACUCAGACGGCAAUAGACGUUCUUGUUGGUCUUUGGGAGGAAGCUGACACGCACAUGAACGAUCACGGAGCACGCCCUACUAUUCUCGAGCUCCAGAAUGAGCUCGAGAAUGACUUCCGAGCGUUCCACAAUGCAAAUUUGUGGGAUUUAGUCAUCGAUGACUCGGCAUUUGGCUUGCGUGGCGUUGAUCAGGACGUUUGA